AUGGCCUUUACGAUGCUGCGACUACACCGGACUCGCCAACUCCUCACGAUCCGACUCGGCGCGAGUCGGUGGGCGUUAGAAAUCGCCCCCGAGAACGCGAAUUUAAAGACAGAAGCUAUCCGUUUGAACGGAGAGUUGGAGGCUGUUGAACUGGAAAUCGAAUUUGAAAAGGAGGAUCGCCCGCUACCAAAAGAGGAAGAGGAAGAGGAGGAGAUCGAUAUAUGGGACUUCCUGCGGCGAAAGUUUGCUGUCCUAGAUAUCAACAACUCACUUACGUCUCGUCAACUACCCGUCAAAUGUGCCCAAAAGCUCUUAAAGGUGAUCUAUAUUACUCGGCAUGCAUGCCUACAAGACGACAUCAAAAGUCACAUGGCGUCUACUACGAUCCUACGCUUCCCAUUCAGCCAAGCUGAAUGGGCAGCAACUCUCAAGAACGAGCAGAAGCACCUCCACGAGAGGAUGUUAAAGCUCGCACUCGUGGAUGGUAUCAUGGCCCAACAUUGGGCAAAGUCCAGCAUAUCCGAAACGUGCAGACAAAAGCACCGUGGAACAGAGGAUGGAGAUCUGGGGAAAGCUCGUCGACGAGGAGCCUAUCUGAAGUGGGUGGUUGCACCCGUGGCAGAAUGCGUGGACUGGGACGGAAUCACGAGGGGGAGGACGGUGCACGACAGAACCAUCCAAUUAUGGAUGAAGGCCAGCAUCAUGAUGGUUGCCGACACGGCAUGGAAGGGGAGGCCGAAUCGGCCCAAGCCUCCCGCCCGAUUAUGCAGGAACCUCGGGAGCACAAUCGGAGCUACUGGGCAGCGCAGCAGCGCACCCAAGAAGAGAAAGAGAAAGAAGCCAGAGGAGAUGACCGAUGACCACGAGAGGAAGCGACGAAGGAGGAAGUGCCUAGCGGCUAAACACAUCCUCCAGGAGGUAGAGGCUGGGAGGGUAGAGGAGGCAUUGAAGUUGAUGGGGAAUAGGGAUACAGUACUAGACAAUAAGUAUUAG